AUCUUAGAAGUGCGAGCUUAUAGUAAAGAGAGCAGAAAGUAAAGAAGAAAAGUAAAGAAAAGAAAAGGAAAUCGAGUAUGUGCUUAUGUGUGUGACUGUGUACGAAUCUGUGUAAUAGUAUUUCAUAUAACGAAGGCAAAACUACUAUAGUGAUUUUCAAAGGGAAAUUGAUGACCUCUGUGUUUCUCUCGUUUUGUAUAUCUACGCUGGUGCUAAGUAAGAAGGAGAAAGAGAAUAAGAAGAAGAAGAAGAGAGAGAAAGAAGAAUAGUAGCAAAUUCUUUGAUUAAGGAUUCCCUUAUUGCGAAAGUGAAAGAAAACCAAGUUUUAUAUCGCAAAGGAAUGAAAAUUAAAAUGAGAGGAAACUGCAAAAACGCAGAAUCUGUCGUACGGGAGUCGAAUCAACAGCAACAGCAACAGCAACAACAACAGCAACAACAACAGCAACAACAACAGCAACAGCAACAGCAACAGCAACAGCAACAAGAAAUCAUCAGAGAUGAAAAUCCCCACCAUUCCUCAACCACGCCCGGUUGGGUUAAUACAGACAGAACUGCGAAAGAGGAAUCGGUUGAAGACAAAAACGACGAUUCGGGGAUGUCACCAGGAGAUUACACAAGUAAUUCAACGUCCCCUAUGAGUGGAGGAUCUUUUUCAGCACCAAAUUGCAGCUUAUCGCCUGGAAGUUCAACUUCGCAGGAUUCGAAUAAUAUCCAAUCUAAUAAUUCAGAUUAUAGUCCACAACAAAUGUUUAAUGAGUGUAGAGUACCUGACGAAUUCAAUCAACACGGACAGACCGAUGAUUCUCAAAUGGCCAUGAAUGUUGCUUCUGAUGCUGUCAAGUCCACCUCCGAUAACGGAGAUGCAUUUCAAUGUCCCAUUUGUGGCACGAUAAGUUUAAAUAUAUCAAGUUUUUCGGAACAUCUUUCUAAUCAUUACGGCAAUAGGGCGGAAAUGCGAGAUAACGGAAAUAAUGAAACGACGGACAUAAGCGUUCCCGGACCGUCUCGAGAGGGCAACAGUCAAACUUCACCGAAUCCUGGAGAAAGAUCGGAAGUUGAAGAAUCUGAGGAACCUGGACUUCGAGUACCGCGAGUGAACUCACAAGGAAGAGUAAAAACUUUCCGGUGCAAACAAUGUCAGUUCGUCGCUCUAACGAAACUUGAAUUUUGGGAACAUAGCCGUAGACAUAUAAAAGCGGAGAAAUUAUUAACUUGCCCAAAGUGUCCAUUUGUUACAGAAUAUAAACAUCAUUUAGAGUAUCAUUUGAGAAAUCAUUUUGGUUCGAAACCGUUCAAAUGCGAUAAGUGUUCUUAUUCUUGUGUGAAUAAAUCAAUGCUUAAUAGCCAUCUAAAAUCACAUUCAAAUGUUUAUCAAUAUAGAUGUGCCGAUUGUUGCUAUGCAACAAAAUAUUGUCAUUCCCUUAAAUUGCAUUUAAGGAAGUAUACUCAUCUACCUGCUAUGGUACUAAAUGCAGAUGGUUCUCCUAAUCCAUUACCAAUUAUUGAUAUUUAUGGUACCAGACGAGGCCCAAAAAACAAGUCUAAAGUGCAGAAGAAAGAAGGAACUGUUCGAAAAUCGAAUAUUGAACAAACAAAUACAGGAUCGGGAAUGGUAACGCUAUCUCCUCAAGUCUCACCUACAAACUCACUUCCUACUACAACGAACUCAACUAUCGUAAAUCCUUCAUCUUCUACUAUGACCGGUGAUAGCAUGGUCAACGGCAUGGUGAACAAUUUGGAUGUUGAUAAUCAGUCUACGAUUAUGCCCUAUAAUCAAACAUUUUCUGACUAUCAAUUACCAAAUAAUUUACCAGUUCAAGAACCUCAGGAGAGGCUAAUGCCUUUGGAUCUGAGUAUGCAUACGCUACCAUGUUCUUAUGAGAACAAUACCAUGAAUAAUCAAUCGAGAAGAUCAGUUACCCCAAUCAAAGGAAAGGGUACGAACAGACGAAAGGGGAAGGCGUAUAAGUUAGAUCGUAGGUUAGUUGUCUCGGAUAAUGAAACAGACGAAGAAACAACAUCACAAUUACAGCAUACUCAUGAGUUUUCGAGAACGAUAGAAAACGAUGUUCGUAGUUUAGAAGAUCAAAUGGAUGAUCGGCAAUCAGAAGAUCAUUCAGAUAAUCAUCUAGAAGAUUAUUCGGAAGAUCGUCCAGAUUAUCACCUUCCAUCGUGUUCAAGGGAUUUGGUUCCAAGAUAUCGUCCCACUUCAAACGGUGAUUCUCUAUUCUGCUAUUACUGUGAAAUAGCCUUUGUAAAUGUUAUAAUGUAUACAGAACAUAUGAAUUAUCACGGAUAUGAAGAUCCAUAUACAUGCAACAAAUGCGGUCACAAAUGUAACGAUAAGGUAGCCUUUUUCCUUCAUAUAGGAAAAUCGAAACAUUAGUAAAUAUAAAUGUUUCUCUCUCUCUUUCUCUCUCUCCUUUUUCUUCGUUCUAUUUUAAACUAUUUGCAUUGUACUACUUUAUAUAAAAAAUA